AUGGUCAACGUUAACCUCGCCGCUGGAGCCCGUAUCCUAGGGUUUCUCUUCAGCCCAGACAAUCUCAUCAUGCCGUUCAAGUGGUCACAUGAUGCUGGCAUUCCCGACAAACACAUACCCGAGACAUGGGUGACCAUUGUCACUGGAGAUGGCGCCAACUUGGAAGCGUCUGGUUCUGAGCCUUUCAUCUCACUCUGGGACGACGAUGGAAGAAGAAUCGGCCAGCACUGGGUCGAGGACAACAGAAACAAGUUGCCGGUCAGCAAUGACCUUAAUGACAACAUCUACAAGAUCCCACACACCCAGAACAGGGACCCAAUGGCAACAGCGAAAUACGUGAUGAUAUCACAGUUGUACUCCGAGACCAUCUGCAUCUCAGCUGUCCAGGUCUCCAACGGCAAACUCAGUGCAACAUGGUAUGGCGAUCUCGCCAUGUACUGCGGUGCGAAGUGGUUUCUCAGCCAGCGCAAAGUUGGGGACAAGUACCCGAAAUGCGUAUAUAUGAGUUCUGGCGGUAUCGUGGACAACUAUCCUCGAUCUAUCAGCUUCCACGUAAACGACAUGCUCGGGACACCUUCCAAGAUUCAGAUGUACCGCAAGGAUCAGCAGAAGUACCUUUGCAGGAGCACUCCACGAUUCGGCUGGUGGCGACGCCUCGAACCUGAUGGAACUGUUCCAUUCUUCAAGCCACCGCUUCAGUAUGAUGUGGACAAGGAAACCGGGCUGGAGGGCUGCGACAAAAGUCCUGAAUUGGCUGUCGACAGAGUCGUAUGGGACAAAGGCGUCUACACCAGGCCUAAGAUCAAGAGCACCAAAACGAUCAAGGAGCUGCGGCGUUCUAUCCCGGAGCCCGCGCAGAACUGCCCUGAGAAUGUUCUCACCAAGCGGCGAGGAUCCAACCGCGAUCCCAGCCAUCUCAUCGUGACAGAAGCCGAAGGUCAUGAAGCCUCACUUCACAACUUCUGA